GUAUUUAUCAUUGUUUAUCAACUUUAUAAUUGUAUCAUUAAAGUAAUAUUUAUUUUUUUCUCACUAGCUACGUGACGGCUUCCAAAGUCAUACUGCUGGCCAGGGGACUGCAAAGAGCCACAAACGAUUUCCGGAGGAGGGCAACAACACAGGCAGCAAAAGACAUGGUCAGCUGUCUUUGUGCAAGCAUGUCAGCUAGAUUCCAUCGAAUCGAAUCAAACCACAUGCUUGCAGAUGCUGCUGAAGUGGAAGGAGCAGGCAGUGCGGCCGCAGCUGAAUCAAUUGUUUGGAGCUAUUUCCAUGAGGAUGUAGAGGGAACAGUAUCAGCCAGGAAUCCCACGGCAGAUGCUGUCAUGGAGGUGCGAGCCUACCUACAGGAGCCUCUUGUUGCAAAAAAUGAGGGUCCCCUCAAGUGGUGGGAAAGUCGGGUCCCUGUGUACCCCAGGCUUAGCAAGCUGAUGGCCAAGAAGCUGUGUGUUGUGGCGACAUCAGUUCCCUCUGAGAGAAUAUUCUCGAAAACCGGGCAAAUUAUCUCAGAGAAGAGAAGUCGCCUCAAGCCAGCAAAGGUCAGAUCACUUGUUUUCCUUAACGCUAAUUUGCCCAAGGACAAGAGGGACAGGUAGAAGAAACCAUAAAGUAUGGAACUGCUUUGUAUUUGUUUACACUGCAUUUUGUUAUUGUUCAAUUAAGACUUGAAGGGGCUCAUCUCCUGUUUUUCUAAAAGGAGCUCAUUUGCACACACUUGUAGGACAGUCCACCAGUCCAUUGCAGAGUUUAUAGGCCCGUUUCCACCGCAGGAACUUCGGGGUAAUUUUACGGGGCCGGGGCCGUUGGUGCGUGUCUCCACCGCAGGAACCACCCCCAAAGGACAGAGUUCCAGAACUUUUACGGGGGCUAAACAAGUCCCUGCCUCCAAGUAGGUACUCAGAACGGCCCCAAGAGACUCCUGGCUGGGGCUUGGGGGUUACUUGGUGCUGAUUGGCUAUACUCAAGGCGGGAUGUGACGUCAACAGAAAGCUACAAAAUAGCCGGCAUUUUUAAAACUCAGCAGACGAGGGUUAGCUCGUUCAUAUAGCUUCCACCGCCAUGUAAACAAACUCAAUAACCGGUCCGUGAAAAACAUAUUUUUUCCGGCUGAUAUCUUAGUUACAUCAUGAUUGAGCUAGCAAAGCAGUUUUGUGUUGCUAUGUGUGGUAUUUAUUCAGUUUUGG